AUGGACCGAACCACACAUAUUGUUGCUGUUAUCACGUCGAUUAUAUUGGUCACCACUUGUGUUACGGCUUUAGAGCAUCACAAUGUUACUGAUGCGUCGAAGUUCCGGGAAAUCUUUAACAGGCACGGCGACACUGUGCUUAUAGAAGAGGAUCUCAUGAAGAGAUUGGACGAAGAGUUGGCUACGUGGCAUUGGAAGCCAUGGCUGCGAACUCUAACGCAAGAACAAGAUGGAGUCCUGCAAAAAGUGGAUUGCCCUACAGAAGCAUCGGUUGAAAGCUUUCCUGAUAGCAUAUUCACGGACGAACAAUUACGCCAAGGCGCCUUCUUGUGUUACUUGAUGUUCGGAAUAUACGCUUUUACGCUACUGGCAAUAGUUUGUAACGACUAUUUUCUUCCUUGCGUGGAAUUGAUAUGCGAGGACUUGAAAAUACCACAGAAUGUAGCAGCCGCAACGUUUAUGUCUGUGGCGACAUCAUGUCCAGAAUUUUUCGUGAAUGUUUUUUCAACAUUUCUGACGCAGGGUGAUAUGGGAAUAGGAACAAUAGUUGGUUCGGCUAUUUUUAAUUGUCUCGGUGUGGCUGCUAUAGGAGGACUAGCUGCUGUUAAGGCUAUCUCCAUCGAAGCAGGGCCUGUUACCAGGGAUGUACUUAUUUACAUGGUAAACGUCAGCAUUUUAGUGGUCAUCGUAUGGGAUGGUCAGGUGGACUGGCAGGAGGCUACUGUACUUGGUGUCAUGUACAUUCUUUACUUUGUAUUCAUGUUCAACAGUGUAAGGCUGUUCAACCUAUUCGAUAAGCUUAUAACCUCUUGCUGUAGAAAGAAGAAUCAUUUACAAGUCACAGAGUUGGCCAACGAUAAAAGCAUUGAAGAAGGUGUUGAUAACAGGGCUUUUACUGAAUCAACUACCAAUAUUAUCGCAGAGUCAAAUGGAAUCGGAGAGAAAUCUGCCAUUGUCCUUAACGAUGAUGGACCUGAAAAGCCAAAAAAGAGUUUAUUCAGAUUUCCCCGAGAGAAAUCGUUGAUGUACCGGCUAUGGUGGCUAUACACGUGGCCGUUGAAGGCCAUCAUGACUGUUACGAUUCCAUCGCCGGUUACCUGUAGAAAGUUUUAUCCACUUUCCUUUAUGAUGUGCAUUUUAUGGAUCGGAGUGAAUUCUUUUUUCGUGUCGUGGAGUAUGACUGUUAUCGGUCACACGUUCACCAUUCCUGAUUCUGUUAUGGGAAUGACAUUUUUGGCGUUUGGUGGAUGUUUACCUGAAGCUGUCUCCAUCUUUAUUCUGUCACGACGAGGCGAAGGAGGCAUCGGAGUUUCGAACGCUUUGGGUGCCAACUCAUUAGCCAUUCUAUUCGCUUUGGGUGUACCAUGGCUCAUUAAGACCUUGACCUUAGUAGCUCAGGGAGCAGAACAGCAGGCAGUAUUAAUAAAUUCUGCUGGUAUAGAUUUCGUAGUCGGCUCUCUACUAGUAGCUGUGGCUUGCCUGUGGUUGACAUUAUUCAUCGGCAAAUUCAAACUUAGGAAAAGUGUUGGUGCUGUUUUAGUUGUACUCUAUGUAAUUUUCAUUACAUUCGCUAUACUCGUUGAAAUGGGUGUCAUAUUAUCGACUGAUGCAAGGUGUAUGCUUUGA